AGAUCCGGCUAAUCGUAAAGCGCACGUUUAUCCCCAGUUGAAACCGAUCCCGGUCGCAUAUCGAAACAAAAAAGGAAGGUAAAAUAGAAGAAGGAGGAAAAAAGAAAAAAAGAAAAAAGGGACAAGUCUACCGUUUGUACGAGGGUCGCAUAUCGACAAACGAGAAAAAAAAAAUCCGAACACGGCCUAACUCGAUCCGAGAAUCCACCUACCGUCGCGAAACACAUGAAGCCGGCCGGGCUGUCUUUGCGCGAAACAAGGACAAAAUGGCGAACCCCGUGGGCGAGGAUAGUUGGUUAGCUUACGUCGAAGAAGAAAGCCGACACGCUUCUGAUCUCGACGCGCGCGUCAAAGUCGUCGAACUUUUCCGGAAUGCCAUUUCCUCAGAGCCUGGAAGUCUUAAGAUCUGGUUGGCCUACUGUGAAUGGUUUUGGUCUUUGUUUAUCGAUUGCCAGUCCAGCGAGGCUGGAUGGUCUCAGGAAGAGCAGCAGCAAGGUCGUGAUCUAUUCACCUUUGAUGCCGCCCUGAGUCUUUGGAGCGAUGGAUACGAUGCCAUCAAGUACCGCAUCAACGACAGCCAUGAGUUCUGGAACCGAUGGGUUUCGAUAGAACUCGAGCAGCUGGCUCGGACGCGGACUCCCGUCGGCGUAAAGCGCAUAUCACACCUCUUCCGCGACCGAUUGCAGGUCCCCCAUUCCACCUGGGAAAACACGUCGCAGAUGUUCUCUAGCUUUCUGAGCACGUAUAACAACACUGCUUACGAAUCCGAAUUCAAAGAGGUUACCGCCAGUGCCCAAGAAGCCAAGGCCGCAUACGAAGCACGAGAACCCUACGAAUUGAAACUGAACAGAGCUGCGAAGUCGGGCGAUCAAGAGGCCUAUAAGACUAUCAUGAAGGAGUACAUAAACUGGGAGAUGUCACAGAUCCAGAAGGCGAGGAAUUCUACGUUGACCGUGUCUCUCUGCCUCGGAUUAUUUUCGAGAGCCUUGAGUGGUGUAUUCACUUUUGAUGAGGAGGUUUGGAACGACGCGACUAUCUAUAUGUCAGGCUUACAACACCAGUCUCGAACAGCGCAGCUCCCUCAAUUGGCCGAGGCCGAGAUUCUAAAGUUCUACCAACGAGCCACGACGCAUUGCCCGUGGUCUGGUCCUCUCUGGUCUCGAUAUAUCUUGACUGCCGAGGAAGCAGGAUGGUCGUUCCAUAGCGUCGAGUCGAUUAAGCACGCUGCUACGAAUACGAAGGCUCUCGACAAAAACGGCAUGGCAGGUGUUUUGGACAUGUACACUGCAUGGUGUGGUUUCCUAAAACGGACGGCUAUGGACCCUAGCGCUCCGGACGACGCAGCCGACGUCGCUGAAGUUGGCCUGUUGGCUGCACUGGAGGAUGUCGAUUUGUGGGGAAGGCGUUUGUAUAAGGACACAUAUCGUGGAGAUCCUAACUAUAGACUACAGCGCAUUCUUAUCCAGUACCUGACUGAAGUGAAGGGCGAGAUCGACGAGGCACGGAAUCACUGGGAUCGGAUGGCCGGCCAGUCUCUAUUGGCUGACAGCUACGACUUCUGGCUCAAUUAUUAUCUCUGGGAGAUGAUGAUAUAUGCAUCUAGACCAAAGCCCCGAAGCCCCACACCAGCCACACCGGUAGGUGGUAGUACCAGGGUCAAGAGGAUUCCGGGUCUCGCCACCGGUGUCUUGCAGCGGGCCAUUGGCCGAACCACGUUGGAUUGGCCCGAACGAAUCAUGGACGUCUAUUUGCAGCAUUGCAACGACUACGAGAGUCCCGAAGCUCUUCAUCAAGCAUUAGACUUGGUCCACCAGACUCGACGGGAGAUUGCCAAACGCCGUGAGCGAGAAAGUGCUGAAGCCGCCGCCGCUUACGCCGCCCAGGUACAAGCACAGCAGCAGACAGUGUCAGGAGAGGGUGUCGAAGAGGGUGGUGUGCCCGGUUCGCCGUCUGGAUCCAAGAGGAAACGAGAGUUCACGCCGGGUGACGGAACGCAUGGCGUAAAUAAGCGAGUGAAGAGCGUGGAACUUGAUGGGAUCGAGAGCGCCGCUAACGAGCAGAAACUUAAGCGUGACCGAGAGAACACUUCAGUCAUGGUUACGAACCUACCUCCCGAUGUGACGCAAACGGCUAUUCGGAAGUAUUUCAGGGAAUACGGGCACAUCAAUAACUUGGACAUUCGCAGGGAGGAAGAUGGUGAGUCCAACUCCGUCCUAAUCGAGUUCAGAUCUACGGAGGAUGUGCAGUCGGCGCUCUUGCGAGAUCAGAAGUACUUCAACCAACAUCAGAUCAGCGUUCAACCCGGUACCGGCCUAACCCUCUUCGUAUCCAAUUACCCGCCUACGGCCGACGAAACGUACAUACGCGACCUCUUCAAGGACUGUGGUGAGGUCUUUUGUGUCCGCUUUCCAUCUUUGAAGUACAACACGCACCGUCGCUUUUGCUACGUGUCAUUCAAAGACCAAGAUUCCGCCUAUAAAGCAACGUUGCUCGAUGGCAAAGUCCUUGAAGGCAAAUUCAAGUUGCAAUCGAAGUACUCGAGUCCUGCGCAUAAGAAGGAUCGCGAAGGGGCUAUUGCGGAAGGUCGAGAAGUCCGAGUAAAAAACGUGGAUUCAUCUGCAAACGAGAACGAUCUGAAAGACGUGUUCAGCAAAUAUGGUAAAGUGGCCGGAGUCCGUAUUGUGAAAAAUAUGGGUGGCAAGAAUCUCGGCAUGGCUUAUAUUGUGUUUGAGACGAAAGAAGAUGCUGAAAAUGCCCUGGAACUUGACAAGACCAAGUUCAAGUCUCAGAUUCUUUUAGUUGAACUGAGCAAGGACUCCAACUUCAAGCCCUUUGCCACGAACCGAGGCGACCGUGCUUCGGCAUCCCCAGCACCUAACGGAGACGGCGACAUUGCCAUGUUAGACAGUCCUGGUGAACACAACGGUGGAGGCCAGAUGCCAACAUCGAAAGAGAUCCAGGAACGUACAAUGAGCAUCAUGAAUAUACCCGACACUGUCAACGAUGCGCGCGUUCGUGCCAUUGCAGAAAAGCACGGCGAGGUCGUGAAACUGGUCCUGCGACCUGAUCACCGAGGUGCCAUAGUUGAGUUUGCAGAGGCUUCGGCGGUUGGACGAGCAGCAUUAGCUUUGGAAGGUUACGAGAUCAUGCCGGGACGAAAACUACGCACCGGAAGCGUGAAUGAUUUAUUUAUGGAGAAGAGUGAAAUACGAGAAGACAAAAUCGUGACAGGGAGAAGCAAGAAUGCUGCUAAUAAUAAGAAUGCGGGAGGCUCUAAGGGGAGCAGUACAUUUAUGCCACCACCCCAGAACGUCCGAAGACCGGUGUUAGGGCGAAGCGGCGCAAAGCGUGGAUUAGGGUUCACCGUUGCCAAGAAGGAUAACGGCGAAAAUCAUCAUAAUCAUCAGGCGGCCAACGGAAAUGGGACAGGGCCGGUAGCUAAGCCUAAAAGUAAUGCCGAUUUCAAAGCCAUGUUUCUCACCCCUGGAAAAGGAAGGGAUGGCGCCGAAAAGGAUAAGGAGGGUGGUGUCACAAACGGUGUAGGCCGGACUUAGGAUGACCAAAUGAAUAUUUACGUUUUUUCAACUUUUUUUUCUUUUCCUUUU